AUGUUGAACAAGUAUUCUGCCCUUGAGGACAGCCUGACCCUUUUAGAGGAAAAAUAUAAACGAGCUUUGGCGGAUACUGAGAACUUGCGGCAGAGGAGCCAGAAGUUGGUGGAGGAGGCAAAGUUAUAUGGCAUUCAGGCCUUCUGCAAGGACUUAUUGGAGGUUGCAGACAUUUUGGAGAAGGCAACACAGUGUGUUCCAAAAGAAGAAAUUAAAGACGAUAACCCUCACCUGAAGAACCUGUAUGAGGGGCUCGUAAUGACUGAAGUCCAGAUUCAGAAGGUGUUCACAAAGCACGGUUUACUCAAGUUGAACCCUGUCGGAGCCAAGUUCAACCCUUACGAACAUGAGGCCUUGUUCCACACACCAGUUGAGGGGAAGGAGCCAGGCACAGUGGCACUAGUUAACAAGGUGGGGUACAAGCUGCACGGGCGAACCCUGAGACCCGCCCUGGUGGGAGUGGUGAAGGAAGCUUAGCUACCUCUUGUGGGGUUUUGGUCUUUUUAAGUCACUUGCUGUAACUCUUAAAAAGCUGGUUCAUCUUUUCUCAUCUAUGCAUAUAUUUGACCUCUUCCCAAACCUUGUUGGAAAGCUUAAGUAACCAGUGGCUAAACAGAAAAUUAAGCCGGUUGCACAAUUGUGGUAAUGAACUCUAAUUCUGGAGUCUGUUCGCUGAUUGUUCACGUAUAGUAGUUCCACGUAUAGAAGAGCACCAGCAGGACACUGCUGGGCCUCCAGUCUCAUGAGUAACGCUGUAUCUGCUCACACUCUGGUGAAGGCUCAGUAUUUUGAACAAAUAAAAAGUCUUCAGGAAUUCUGCUCUUUGGCUUCCUGGACACACCA